GAGAACCAUGAAACCAAAACAACAUCCUAUGUCCAUUCCGUCAUUCUUGUAAUAACACGUGUCAGUAGCCCAUCUUCUUUUCAAGUUUCAACUCCCUAUAAUGGCUACCGUAAAAGGCUGGAAUCCCUCAGUUACUCCACCACAAAAAUUUUCAGGAAAUGUGUUUAGUUCCUUCAAGAAUUCAAGAAUUUGAGAGGGGUAAUUUUUUACUGGUAGCGAAAGAAAUGGUUUACCUUAGCUAGCAUUCGAUUCUUGGAUCCAGUGCUUUGCUUUGAAUCAGCUGGUGGACAGCUAGUUUUUGCUGUCUGGGGGAUUUUCUUAGGAUAUAUCUAAAUAUGGCUUGUCCAUGGUCUAAGGGUCUGUCCAGCUAAGUACAAUUGUUCUAUAUUUUUUGCUUCUUUCAAAUUUUUUUUUUUUUUUUUGUGGUAUUGAAAAUUGAGAAUGGAGUAGACUUGGAGAAUGGCUCAGGAAACUAAUGCUUCACUUCAGAUAGAAAGAUUGGAUGGAGGGUGUAGUGGUACUUGUAAGGGCAGUGUGUCCGCCAUGGAAGAUGAAAAGGAUGAGAAUUUGGACAAUUCGAACCAAUUGACUACUGGUAAACCUCCAAGAAACGUCAAAAUGGUCAGGCAUUGUAGCAGCUCUGCAUUUUUUACAGAUUUUGAAUCAGAAAUUGCAAUUUUGGGAUUGGUCUCACCAUCGUCUGAAAAUUCUGUAUUUCUCCCUAUUUUUCGCUCUGGAAGCUGGUCGGAGAAAGGACCAAAGCAGUACAUGGAGGAUGAGCAUAUAUGUGUAGAUAAUCUACAUAAACAUCUUGUUACAUCAGCAGAAUUACCCUCUCCCGGUGCAUUUUAUGGGGUGUUUGACGGACAUGGUGGCACUGAUGCAGCCUCCUUUACCAGAGAGAACAUUCUUAAUUUCAUUGUCGAAGACUCCCAGUUUCCCUCAGGCACAAAGAGGGCAAUUAAGAGUGCCUUUGUGAAGACUGAUCACGCACUUGCUGAUACUAAAUCUAUUGAUAGUUCAUCUGGUACCACUGUCUUGAUGGCCCUUAUUUUGGGAAGGACCAUGCUUAUCGCUAAUGCUGGUGAUUCAAGAGCUGUGUUGGGCAAACGAGGAAGAGCGGUUGAGCUCUCAAAGGACCACAAGCCCAACUGCAGCUCAGAAAAACAAAGAAUUGAGAGAUUAGGAGGGGUGAUAUAUGAUGGCUACCUUAAUGGCCAAUUAUCGGUUGCUCGUGCCCUCGGAGAUUGGCACAUUAAAGGCUCUAAAGGUUCAAAAAGCCCCUUAAGUUCUGAGCCAGAGUUGAAGGAGAUUAAUCUGACGGAAGAUGAUGAGUUUCUGAUACUAGGCUGUGAUGGUCUAUGGGAUGUAAUGAGUAGCCAAUGUGCAGUCACAAUGGUUAGGAAGGAGCUAAUGAUGCAUAAUGAUCCUGAGAGGUGCUCAAAAGCUCUUGUCACAGAAGCGCUCCAGCGCAACACAUGCGACAACCUGACAGUUUUAGUGAUCUGUUUCUCUCCUGAUCCACCUCCUAAGAUUGAAAUUCCUAGGAACCAUAGAAGGAGGAGCAUAUCUGCUGAAGGGCUGGACCGUCUCAAGGGUAUUUUGAAUAAUUAGUGCUAUUUGAGCAAGAAUUGCCAAUGGCUUGUACACGAGAAAAUGGAGCAUGUGAAAUAAUUGGGGGGGAUUUUUCCAAGUUAAUGCAACCCCCUGCUGCGGCUGAACACUGCUGAUUUCUUUUUAACCUAAAUAUAUCCCCAUAUAUUUGAGAGACUCUGUAGUUGUAAAAAUCUUUGAAUUUUUGGAGAGUGAAUGACCAUCUUUGAUUUGAAA